AAACAUGGGCUCCACCGCUCCCCCUCAAAUUAUUAUCCACUGAUGCUCUUACGAAACCCUUCAGAACAAUCGCUACGCAGAGAGAGAUAUGGGGGGUUCUUCAACGUCGGAAGACUUCUCGGUGUUCGUACUGGCCUCGGAUCUUGGCAUCGACGCCCGCCCUUUCUUGUCCGCGUCCGACAGGCAAACAACAGAAGAUCAUCAUCAAUCCCUUCCUGCUCCUACCGAUGACAACUGGCACGACUGUCCCUCUGACCUCCCCGCCGACGAGGACUUCUCCGACCUCGAAUUCUUGCAGUUCUUCCGCCUCGAGAACGGCUCCGACAAGGACGGCAAUCGCAUCUUCCGGAUCGUCGGAAAAUACUUCCCGGCUCCAGUUGUAGCUGGGGAAAGGCUGAAAAAGUUUGUUUUUCACAAAAUCAAUACUGAGAUGCCGGAAGGACCCUUCUGCAUCGUCUACAUGCACAGCACCGUGCAGAAGGAAGAUAACAACCCUGGCUUAACGAUCUUGAGGUGGAUCUAUGAAGAGCUUCCUUCUGAUUGUAAGGAUAGGCUGCAGGCUGUUUACUUCAUUCAUCCGGGGCUCCGCUCAAGGCUGGUCAUUGCCACUCUUGGCCGACUCUUUUUAACCGGAGGCUUAUAUUGGAAAAUCAAGUAUGUAAGCCGCCUGCAGUACCUUUGGGAAGACAUAAGGAAAGGAGAGAUUGAGAUCCCGGAGUUUGUGCAGAAUCAUGAUGAUAUUCUGGAGGAUAGACCGUUGACGGAUUAUGGAAUUGAACCUGAUCCUUUCCACUUAACUGAGAUGCCGACCUCAGCCUACUCAUUUGGGAGGUAUGAUGAGAGGUGGGCGACCCGAGAGUUUAUGUCUUAGUUUGUGACUUUUAUGUGAGCUCAAGUUAGAGUAUGUACGCCUUUGUAUUGGCUUAUAUUUCAAGCUCAAGCCUUGUACAGAAACCAAUUAUGUUGUGCCUUGUAUUGGGAAACUCUGAUUGAUGAUAAACUGUAUUAGGAAUCUCUGAACGUUUCAGCCUGUAUGCUAAAUUUCAGCAAACGUUUAAGAUUUGUCGGGAAUACAUGGUGUUUGUCUCUA